AUGUUUUCACAUUGUGAAGGAUAUAGAAUUGAAGGUGGUGUAACUGAUGGAGAAACAAAUUGGAAUAAUAAUUUCAAUCAAAAUAACAAUAAUAAUGAUAAUAAUAAAGUUAUGGCAUCAAUAUAUAAACAACAAUUCUAUGGUAAACCUCAUAAAACGUUUAUGAGUUUAAGUUCACCUAAUGGUCCAAUUUUAGUUUGUAUUAAAAAGGUUGGUAAUUCAUCAGAUGAUUUCUAUUUAUUAGUUUGUACUGAAAAAGGAUUUGAAGAGGUAAGAGCAAAUAAAGAUUCAUUACAAAAAUCAAAAACAACAAGAUCAUUCCUUAAAAUGAGACCAACAUCAUUGAAUGUUAUUACAAGUGUCCGUCCAGAAUUAACAAAGGUACCUCUAUGUAAAGUUACAGAUAAAUCAAUUCAAGAAGAGUUAGUAAAAGUUUGUGAACCAGAAUUUAAUAAAGUUAUUAAAUCUGCUCUACUCUAUUGCAAAGAGUCUCAACGUGAUGAUAAUGAUAUGCUUAAAAAUAUCAGCUCAAAUGUUUCUCAAGAAUAUAAUGAUUUUUUAAAUUUUUUGGGUGAAAAAGUAGAAUUAAAAGAUUUUUCAAAAUUCAAUGGUGGCUUAGAUAUUAAAAAUAAUUCACAUGGCACACAUUCAAUUUAUUCACAAAUUAAUGAUGUUGAGGUAAUGUAUCAUGUUGCAACAAUGUUACCAUUCUUUCCAAGUGAUCCAAAACAAUCUGAAAGAAGAAAGUUAAUAUCAUUAGAUAGAGUUGUUAUAAUAUUUAAUGAUGGUUCAAAACCAAUGUCACCAAACUGUAUUAAAUCAAAAUCAACUCAAAUUAUUAUUUUAAUUCAACCAAUUAAAAAUUUUGUUGGUAAUAGUAAAACAACAAUUGGUAUUUCAAAUGAUGAAAAUAGAGUAGUUGGUGAACAACCAUCACCAUCCUUAACAACAACCACAACAACUACUACAACCACAUCCCCAACAAUCAAUUCAAAUUCUCCAACACCAUCAAAUAAAAUUAAAUAUAGAGUUUCAAUUUCAAAUAGAGAUGAAGUUCCAAACUAUGGCCCACCAUUACCUGAUCCACCAAUCUUUGAAAAAGAUGAUUCCUUUAGAAACUUCCUUUACCAAAAAAUGGUUGGAGGUGCUGCAUCAUUAAGAAAUACACCAGCUUUUACAAGUAAAAAUUCUGAAAAGGCUUCAGCUUUAAUUAAUGUAAUUUCAAAAUAUUCUACAAAAGGAAUGGAACAAAUUUAA